AGGCCUUUUUCGCGAGUUGGUAGGAAGUGUUUGGGCUCAGCAGCUCCCCCACCUUUCAUUUCUGCUGCCUUUCCUGCCGGGCGGGCCGAGGAGCUGCCGGACCUCGGCACCUCCAGCAGCGCCCAGCUGCGCACCCUCGGUCCUCGGGGACUCCUCGCCCUGGGGCGGAAUUUCCCCUUCCCGCUUCUCCCCCAGAGGAUCAUAUGGGGCGUGCUUAGCUCAGCUCUUUGUCUGCUGCUCACUGUUGCUGCCUCUUCCUGCAUUUGAAGAGCCUAGAACAAUUUGUCAAGGUGCGUGCAACUCGUCAACCCCAAACAGGGGGGAAAAAAAAGUACAGCAACACAAACUUAACAUUUGUCUAUGUUGUCACACACUUGUGGCCUGGAGAAACUAUUACAGGUAACUAUAUCGCGCCAUACUGAACUGAACUGUGGGGCCACUUGGAACUGAGCAUGCAGGUCUUACCAGCAGCCAUGGGUGAGUUUAAUGGUAGGCAGAUGUUCAUGGCACCAAGGCUGUCCAAGCAGCUGUUACUGUGAGCUGACUGUGUGAGAGAGGCAGGCAGUGCGGAGGGGCACUGAAUUGGACAUGCCAAUUCGACAUGCUUGGUACAGAGCCUCUGUGCUGGCAGAAGCACUGUUGGGCUGGGGUUUUGGGAAGAGGACUAUAGGCGUGCCAGGGGUUACAACAAAGUGUCUGACUUCGUGGAGAUUUCUGGCAAAGAUGAGAUUUCAGGCCUGCAUUGCAGCUCUGAGGGAAUCCUAGAAAUGCAGCUCUCAUCCUGAGACCUGGGGUCCUUGCACAUGGCAGGGCUACAGCGGCACUGCUUGCUCUUCUGCUGUGGUGCUUACUGUGCAGCCUGCAAUCCAAAGGGGCUGACUUAAAGAAAGGGGUUGACUUAAAGGUGCUGUGUGUACAGCAGAAGCUGAAGGGGAUGGCUCCUGAUAUGCUGGCAAUGCCUCUUGGAAGUGCUUCCUGGUGGAGGCGGAACAGUCGGCUGGUGCAGCCAGUGACAGGCAGAGGGAGCUCAUGUCGCCGGCUCCGGUGACAGGAAGGAGAGGGAGGAAAGCAGAGACGAGGUUCCAAAUAGCAGGGGGUCCUCGCCAGGGGAUGUGACACCAGAGUACCCCUCGCUCGACCUGUUGUUCUGGCUGACACAGCUACCUGCAUGCGAGGGUCCUGAGGUAAAGUGUGUGUGAUGGAAGAUUGAGGGGCGUGCCGGGGCCGAGGGGGGCGUUACUGUGGAUGCUGCAGGCUGAGGUCAAGAGGAAACAGAUGACAUUAUCAGGGACUGAGAAGAUGGCUUCGCCAGGUACCCCAGGGACCCGCAUGACAUCCACAGUCAGUAUCAACAUUUCUACCCCUUCCUUCUACAACCCACAGAAGAAGUUUGCACCUGUGGUCGCCCCUAAACCCAAGGUGAACCCCUUCAAGGCUGGGGGUGCAUCAGAGUCAUCGCUGCCCCAGCCUCCCGGAGCAGGCACCCAGCGUGCCCAGAUAGGGAGGGUGGGGGAGAUCCCAUCAGCUUCCACGUCCAUGCUGGCAGAAGAGCUGCCGCUGCCACCUCCUCCCCCACCUGGAGAGGAUGUGAGUUUCUCCUCAAAUUGUGCUUUUCCCCCACCUCCACCACCCUUUGAAGAGCCUUUUCCACCAGCCCCAGAAGAAACUUUUCCUUCUCCUCCUCCUCCAAUGUUUGAUGAAGGGCCUAUGGGCAUGGUAUCUGCCCCACAGAUGUCUACAGUAUCCACAGGUUCUCUGGAGCAACCAUCAGCCCCAAAGGCACAUAUGGAAAUCUCGUCUGCACCCAGAGAUCCUCCUCAUUCAUUUCUUUCCAAGUUCACUCCAAAGCCAAGUGGAAGCUUGUCUUCCAAACCCCCUGGAGCAGAUGUGACCCCUGCCCCAGCCCCGUGGGCAGCUCCACAGCAGCACAAGGAGACCCUAGCAUCAGUCCCUCCACCCCCUCCUCUUCCUCCUGCUCAGUCUACCCCUAAAUUUACUCCACCUUCUGUUGCUGGCUCUCCUAAGUUUGGAUCCAAACCAGGUGCCACUGUUUCCAUGGCUCCUUCAAACUCUACAAGAUAUCCUACCUCCCUUCAGACUCAGUUCACAGCCCCUUCACCUUCAGGUCCCUCCUCUCGGCCGCAGCCUCCCAGUUUCACCUAUGCUCAGCAGCGGGAAAGGCCCCAAGUGCAGGAGAAGCCUGUUCGCACAGAACAACCUGCUGCCGUAAAAGACACGCAUAGACCCACAGGUUCCAGUGCAGACCCGCCUAAGGGAAACUCUUCCCUGACCAUGAAGGAGGUAGAAGAGCUGGAGUUGUUGACCCAGAAACUACUGAAGGAUAUGGAGAACCCACCCCCAGUAGAAGCCGCUACUUCUGAGCUCUGUGGCUUCUGCCGGAAGCCUCUGUCACGAACCCAGCCAGCUGUAAGGGCCCUAGACUGCCUUUUCCACGUGGAGUGCUUCACCUGCUUCAAAUGUGAGAAGCAGCUGCAGGGGCAGCAGUUCUACAAUGUGGAUGAGAAGCCCUUCUGUGAGGACUGCUAUGCUGGGACCCUGGAAAAGUGCAGUGUCUGCAAACAGACCAUCACAGAUCGGAUGCUGAAGGCCACUGGUAACUCAUACCAUCCCCAGUGCUUCACCUGUGUGAUGUGCCACACCCCUCUCGAGGGGGCUUCUUUUAUUGUGGACCAGGCCAACCAGCCUCAUUGUGUGGAUGACUACCACAGGAAGUAUGCUCCACGCUGCUCAGUGUGUAGUGAACCCAUCAUGCCGGAGCCUGGGAAGGAUGAGACAGUGCGUGUGGUGGCACUGGAGAAGAAUUUCCACAUGAAAUGUUACAAGUGUGAGGACUGUGGGAGGCCCUUAUCCAUUGAGGCAGACGAGAAUGGCUGUUUUCCACUGGAUGGGCAUGUAUUAUGUAUGAAGUGUCACACUGUUCGUGCCAAAACAGCACGCUGAGGAGCUUGGAGCAGGCAUACCCUGAAGACCCCUGCACUCAGUACUCUUCCCUUCCCCACCAUUGUCCUACCCUUCUGCCUGACAAGUCAGAUUGCUACCAAUGGAGACUCUGCCAGCGCAGCUCAUUAAUCACAUAAGAUUCACAACUCGUAGACUUCACUAUGCACACCCACCAAAAAAGGACCUCUUCUCCUAUCACCACUUCCUGGCCAUAGUGUAUUCCAGGCUGGGGGCUAUGACUGAGGUGAGUGCAAAAUCUCUGUUUGCUCAGCACUGGAGGAGAAAGACCAAAUCUCCACCACCGCCUGGUGGAAGUAGCAAAAAUGACCUGUGGCAGCAAUGGGAAAGGCUGAGCAUUCUGCUCCAUGAAGCCAGGAAUGAUUAUUUGACAUUAGAAGGUGGAAGCCUCCAUCUCAGUAUGGCUUCUGUCAUAGGUUUUCUCUUUCCUGUGCCACCUCUUUAUAGUGGCUGGAAAAAACUAACCUACUAGCUUUUAUUCUAAUGGAUUUUAUUGGCUAACUGUCCUGUCACCCUUUUUUUUUUUCUUCUAGCCAGAUUAAACUGGCAAUGUUUGGAAUCCUACUCUGCUCCUGAGUUUGGAAACUUCUUAAUUUUUUUUCUUUCUCCAAAGUUAACUUUGUCUCAGCAUGGUUUCUGGACAGUUGGGGGGGCACCAGAGUAACAAAGCAGUCCAAAGAACACAUGUCUACAAAUAAAGACUGUCACGAGGAUGGGCAGCGUAUGGUGAGGAGGUGCCUCAAUGUGUGGAUGAGAAUUCAGCAGACUGAGGAGCAUCUCCUUGUUCCAAGUAGGGGUUCUUUCACUGCUGUCAGUGGAAGCUACAGUGUCAUUGCAAUAUACUGUCUGGCUCUGUGUGUUACUGCACUGAGUCUCACUUCCUGGACUAGAAAAUGUCAUACUAAACAAAUCUUUUGAAUAACUGUCUAACCACUGUUUGCAUCCAAUAAAAUAGUGACGAUUUUUCCAUUAA